GGCCUGUGAGCAUCAUGCCUAAGUUUUAUUGUGACGACUGUGGUACAUAUUUUACCCAUGAUUCUCCGUCUGUGAGGAAGACACACUGCAGUGGUUGGAAACACAAAGAGAAUGUGAAAGACUAUUACCAGAAAUGGAUGGAAGAGCAAGCCCAGAGCCUGACUGACAAAACAACGGCUGCAUUUCUACAAGGAAAGAUCCCUCUGGCUCCUUUCUCUGCUCCUCCGCCUGCAGGGGCCAUGAUCUCACCUACCCCCAGUCUCCCGGGACCUCCUCGGCCUGGCAUGAUGCCUGCACCCCACAUGGGAGGCCCUCCCGUGAUGCCAAUGAUGGGCCCCCCUCCUCCUGGGAUGAUGCCUGUGGGACCAGAUCCUGGGAUGAGACCACUACUGAUAAGACCUCCCACCCGACCUAUGAUGGUGCCCACGCGGCCUGGCAUGACCCGGCCAGACAGAUAA